UGUGAAGUUCCAUUCAUUCUACCACAUAUAUAGAUGAAAGGGUAUUGCUCUAUUUUGUUAUUCUUUUAGCUGCCAAUCUUCUCCUAAGGCUAAUGGCUCUCUGUGUGACCAGAUCAAGCAAAAUCCAAGUUAAGCCAUCUGAGCAGACGCCAUCCGGCACAGUACUUGAUCUUUCAGUCAUUGAUAGACUGCCUGUUCUGAGAUGCAAUGCUCGAACUCUGCAUGUGUUUAGUCAUGGCGGCCAAGAGGCAUCACAGAUUAUAAAAGGAGCCUUGUCCAGGGCUUUGGUCCCUUACUACCCUAUUGCAGGAAGGCUGAAAGAGUCGAGCCAAGGUCAGCUCCAAAUCGAAUGCAGCGGAGAAGGCGUGUGGUUUGUCGAGGCGUCUGCUGAUUGUAGUCUUGAUGCUGUCAAUUACUUCGACGAUGUGGUUUCCAUCCCUUAUGAUUUGCUACUUCCUGACCCUAUCCCGGAAAAUGAAGGCAUAGACCCGCUCGUGCAAAUGCAGGUGACACAAUUUGCAUGUGGAGGUAUCGUUAUAGGCCUUACAUUCUGCCAUAGCAUAUGUGAUGGCCUUGGAGCUGCCCAAUUUCUCAGUGCUGUUGGCGAGCUGGCUAAUGGUGUCGGCCAUCCAAGCACCCCACCAGUGUGGCACAGAGACUUCUUCCCACCUCCACCCGAACAACCAAAGGCUGCUGCAUCGUUAAACCUUCCGCCGCUGCUACCGCCGCUGCCCCACUACAGGCUAGAGCAUGCCAAUGUCGACAUACCUCUAGAUUGCGUCAAGCAACUCAAGCUAGAAUUUCAGCAAUCAACCGGAAAGCCUUGCUCUUCUUUUGAAAUUGUGGCUGCCCAGUUUUGGAGCUGCCGAACACGAGCUAUAAACUUGAAGCAAGACACUGAACUCAAGCUUGUCUUCUUUGCAAACUGCCGCCAGCUUUUGGACCCUCCUUUGCCGGACGGUUUCUAUGGAAACUGCUUCUUCCCGGUGACAAUCACAGCUUCGAGUGAUUCACUCGCUCAGGCAUCAAUUACUGAUGUUGUGAAACUGAUCCAAGAAGCAAAGGCUAAUCUCCCAGUGGAGUUUGCAAAGUACAUGAAGGGUGACUUUUUGAAAGAUAGUGGUGACCCUUUUGCACCUCCGCUGGCCUACACCACACUGUUUAUAUCAGAGUGGGGUCGACUGGGAUUCAACCAAGUGGACUAUGGGUGGGGUCCCCCAAUCCACGUAGUUCCAAUACAAGGCUCUAGCAUCAUCCCAGUUGGCAUUCUGGGGUCCUUGCCUUUGCCCAAGAAAGGUGUCCGACUGAUGACAUGGUGCGUGGAGGAUGCCCAUCGCCAACCAUUCCUGAACCAGAUGAUGGCAAAAGUAACCUAAAUAUUCCCAUCAAAGCUCCAAAGUAAUAGCGUUCACACCUUUUUCCACAAAUCCUUGAACCCCUAACUAGGGGGUGAAUAAAUACAAGGAGAAAUCAUUGCAGUAUGGGUUUUCAAAUUGUAUUGUUGAACUGCAAUAUAUUUUAACUAAAUAAGCAUGAACAUUUGCGCGCG